AUGGAAAGGCAGUAUAAAGACAAAACCAUCUUUUAUUUGCUUUGCCACAAACAAUCAUCUCCUCCUUCUUCCGCCAUGGCAGCGCCACCACCUCCGCCGUCAAACAUCGGCCUCCGAACCAUCUUAUCCGAAUCUAGGCGCAUAUUCAGAGCCCACACCUGGCACUUCCAAGCUCUCUCAGUCCUCUUCCUCCUCCCUUUCUCUUUCUUCUUAUCCGUCUACCCUUUUAUAUAUCAACAAAAUCCCCCCAUCUUCUUCUACCCGAUUAGACCCUUCAUCUCCAUUCUCAUUUACACCCUCAUCCUCUCCUUCUUCUCUAUCUUCGCCGUCGGUUCCAUCACUCACAGCGUUUUCCACGGCUUUUACGGUCAACCCGUCAAGCUUCUAUCCGCCAUUAAAGAAGCUUCCACUUCCUUCUUCCCUCUCAUCUCAACUGCCUUUGUAGAAUCCCUUAUCGUUUCUGGGAUCAAUUUGAUUCUUGGUUUAGUCUUUUUUGCUUUACUCAAAACAACCCAAAUUUUAGGCUUCCAAGUUCAUCACUCUUCAUCUUUCUUAAUCCUCCUUUGUCUUGCUUAUCUGAUCAUCCUCACGUCUAUUUCGCUUUAUUUAAGAGUGAACUGGACUUUUGCUUAUGUUAUUGUCGUAGUUGAAUCAAGCUGGGGAAUUGAACCUUUAAAACGAAGUCAAAUUUUAGUUAAAGGAAUGAAAGGGGUUGCUUUUAAGAUUUUACUGUUUUUUGGCUUUUUCAUUUCUAUCAAUAUAUUGCAAUCAAUUAUGAUAUCUGGUGAUUCAGCUGGUGAUGACUGGAAAAGUUGGGACUUUAUUUUGAAUAUUGUCGCCACUACCGCCUUCUACAUGGUGCUUUUGCUUUAUAGUUUGGCUGCGUGUACAGUUUUCUAUGUAUAUUCCAAGGCUCUACAGGGAGAGCUUGCUGAACAAUUUGCAGGAGAGUAUGUAAGCUUGCCUUUUGAUGAUGGAAAAGCUCCUCAUGUUGUUUCAAUCGUUUAA